AUGAAAUCCACUGCAACUCUAGUGAAGCGAUUGGGUGCCUUGCGUCGUUUCUUCACCUGGUGUUCGGACCAGAAAUGUGUGCCACUGCCUUUCAGUGACAGCGUCUUGUAUACAUACCUAGAUAGUUUACGUGAACAAGGUGCAGCGCCGUCCAGCGGGCGGUCUUUUCUGGAAGCUGUGCAUUUCGCCUCUGUGAUGUUUGGCAUUGAUGGCGGGUCUGUCACUAGCAAGCGUGUGCAAGGUGUAGCUGCUAAGAUGGCCAUAAAUGCUCCGCCUUUGAAGCAAGCUUUAGCUUUGUCUGUUGACCAUGUGCAAGCCCUUGAACACAUCGCAGUGUCAGCUGACACCGCUCAAGAGAGAUGCCUCGCAGGUUCCUUGUUGGUACUCCUGUAUGCGCGCUGCCGUUUUGGUGAUGGGCAACGUGCAUCCUCCUUGUCGUUGGACAUGAGUGCUGCCAGUUCAGCUAGCCUAGAGCGAGGGUUUCUUGAAUUGUCAGUGCGAACCCACAAGACCGCAACGUCAUUGCAGCGGCGUCGCCGGAUUCUGCCUGUGGUUGCACCAAUUUUCUCAUUGUCAGGUUGCAGGUGGCACAAGGCUUGGUUGGAUGCGCGGCAAGCGUUGAAGCUUCCAGUAGAAGGUGACAUGAGGGUAACAUGUUUGGCUUGGCUAGCAAAAUUUGGAACAUCGUUGGCGAUGCGCCGUAUUCUUGGCUACCAUGUCGCUCCUGGUGCCAGCGUGGCUGAGACCUAUGCGCGAGAUUCCUUGGCUGCGCCUCUGCGCGAACUGGUGCGAGUUUUAGAAGCAGUGAAAUCUGGACGCUUCCGACCAGACGACACGCGCAGCGGCAUGUUGAAUGAGUGUGCAUCACCACGGCCAGCAGAAGCAGAAACGGAUUCCUGGUCCAGUGAGUCGGAAUGUGAAGCUGAGGAACUUGAUGAUAGUGUGCCGCUGUUGCGCUUGCUGCCGGCAACCGCCAGGUUGAUUUGUGUUUUGAUUUUUCUGAUCCUUUGUGCCAUGGCGAGCCUGGUUGACAGCGCAGCGUCCUUCGAGCAUCGUCUCGGCGAAUUAGGUUUCGACGAGUCUGUGAAGGCUGCAUUGGCAAAGCAGGAUUUGAACACUUUUGCUGCGCUGGCUUUUGCAUCUUCAACGCAACCGGGCCAGAUUGAUGAGGACAAAUUCAAUUUGCUUGUGAAGGCAUGCUUCGGAGACAAAGCCGUGACGCUUGGCGUGCAAAGCCAGCUGCGACGUUUGAUCUUUGAGGCUAUUACCUGCACGGUGCAAAGCAUUUCGCAGCGUGUGUCUGGUGGAGAUGAUUGCAAAGACUCGAAGAUGCCGCCUCAGGAACGGGACCGGCGCUUGGCUGAUCAGCAUGAGCGGCUGCCAUGGCUUGUUGAUUUGCAAUGCCACAGAGCCGGCGAAUGGACUUGUGGACAAAUUUGUCAAAAUGUUGUCGGAUGCUUGUCUGAACACGUUCCGCUCCACAGCUGCGUAAGCCGUGAGGAUGAGCUUUGUCACGAAAAGAACACUAGCAAAUUGCUGACGCUUGAGCAUAAUCAGCUUGUGUUAAAAAGCAAAGAUUUGCGCAAUUCUGUGGAUUUGUCGUGUCCAUUGCACGUGCAGCAGGCUAUGACACGCCGGGCACUGGCCGCAGACCAAGCCGGACUGAUUACCUUUCAAGUCCUUGAUGCUGUAACGCAUAGUUUCUUGUCUCAUUUGAGCCGGGCUGCGCCUCCUGGCUUUGCAAGACCCACAGUCCAUUCAUUGGUGCGCGCAGAUCAGGAGCUCUGGAAGCUUGUUGCUGAUGAGGCUGCAUCCAAGAUCCACAAAGACGCCACAGGUGGAAAACCUUUGGAUGCGAUGUUCAAACGAUUAGCCACAGAACCUGCAGUGCUGUUCCAUUUGCUCCCGACACCUGCCGCUGUACCAGAGCCAAAGCCAAAUACCAACCGGAGGCAGCGCAAACGGCCUAGGUCUGCCUCCAGUGAUGCUCAUAGUGAAGACACCAAGCGAUGCAAACCUAAGAAGCAUUUCACGAAAAUGCCGAAACAGCUGCAAGGUUUAUUGCCAAAGAAUAAGAAAGGCGAAGCUUUGUGCUUCAAUUACAACCUUCCACAUGGCUGCAAGGAACAAGUAAAAGGCCAUCCGCCCAAAUGUGGCCGCGGCCUGCACCAGUGCAUGCGAUGCGGGCGCACUCAUGGUCAACAUGAGUGCCCGAACAAAGACUGA